UCAUGGUGACGGCGCGGGGGUUUCAUGACUCACACAUCUGGGAGACUACCGUUAAACUGGCCUUAGCGGGACACCCGCCUUCUCUUCCUUUGACCCAGGUUGGAAUUGAAGAGAUGCUGUCAAGGGCCUGGGAUUCCCAGCCCAGAGUGAUCAAGUUUCCUCGAAAACAUCAGAGGAGCUCCCCUGCCAAUGGACUGAGGCGCCAGAAGAGAGACUGGGUCAUCCCACCAAUCAAUGUGCCUGAAAAUUCCCGAGGGCCAUUCCCCCAGAUGCUUGUCAGAAUUCGGUCAGACCAGGAUCAGGACAUCGGUAUCCGCUACAGCAUCACAGGAGCUGGGGCUGAUCAACCCCCCAGCGAUGUCUACAACAUAGAUCCUAUCCACGGGAAGAUGUACGUCACCAGGCCUCUAGACAGAGAGGAGCGGGCUUCCUACCACCUUCGAGCUCAUGCAGUGGACAUGAAUGGCAACCAGGUGGAGAAUCCUAUAGAUCUGUACAUCUAUGUAAUCGACAUGAAUGACAACAGACCUGAAUUUCAGAACCAAGUCUACAAUGGCUCUGUAGCCGAAGGAUCCAAACCUGGCUCAUCAGUGAUGCAGGUGACGGCCAACGACUCGGAUGACUACACCACAGCCAACGGCAUGGUGCGCUACCGCAUCCUGUCGCAGACGCCACAUACCCCCAUUCCUAACAUGUUCACCAUCAACAGUGAGACUGGAGACAUAGUUACCGUGGCCGCCGGGCUGGACAGAGAGAAAGUCUCCCAGUAUACCAUCAUCGUCCAGGCCACAGACAUGGAAGGCAACUUGAACUUUGGUCUUUCCAACACAGCCACCGCCCUCAUCUCCAUCACCGACAUUAAUGACAAUCCCCCAGAGCUGACAGUCAGGACGUUCUCUGGGGAGGUGCCAGAGAACAAGGUCAAUGUGGUGGUGACCAACCUGACAGUGAUAGACAGAGAUCAGCCCCACAGCCCCAACUGGAACGCCGUCUACCGCAUCGUCAGCGGCGACCCCUCCGGACACUUUGCCAUCCGCACCAACCCCAUCACCAAUGAGGGCAUGGUCACAGUUGUCAAGCCAGUGGAUUUUGAGAUGAACCGAGCCUUCAUGCUUACAGUGGUGGUGUCUAACCAGGCCCACCUGGCCAGCGGCAUCCAGUCUUCACUUCAGUCCACGGCAGGGGUCACCAUCUCCGUCCAGGAUGUGAACGAGCCGCCUGUCUUCCCCGUGAACCCCAAACUCAUCCGCUUUGAGGAAGGUGUACCAGCAGGGACCACCCUUACCGUUUUCGCUGCUCAGGAUCCUGACCACUUCAUCCACCAGACUGUCAGAUACUCCAAGCUGUCAGACCCAGCAAAUUGGCUUAAGAUCAACAGGACAAAUGGUCAGAUCACCACCAUGGCCCUGCUGGACAGAGAAUCCAUUUUUGUCAAGAACAAUGUGUAUGAGGCCACAUUCCUGGCCUUCGACAAUGGCUCCCCCCAGGCCAGCGGGACUGGAACCCUCCAGAUUUACCUGAUCGACGUGAACGACAAUGCUCCGGUGCUGAUGCCGCGGGAGGCCCAAGUCUGCGAGCGUCCUCACCUUAGCGCCAAGGUCAACAUCACAGCAUCAGAUGCCGACACCGACCCUAAUGUAGGGCCCUUCGUCUUCGAGUUGCCCUCCUUUCCCACUAGCGUCCGCCGAAAUUGGACAAUUUCUCGUCUCACUGGUGACUAUGCCCAACUAAGGCUGAAGAUUCCCUACCUGGAAGCAGGGGUGUACGACAUUCCUGUAAUCGUGUCUGACUCGGGGAACCCUCCCCUGUCUAACCGCUCCAUUAUCAGGAUCAAGGCGUGUCCCUGUGACGAGAACGGAGACUGCACCACCACGGGAGCCGUGGCUGCUGCCGGCCUCGGCACCGGGGCUAUCAUAGCCAUACUCAUCUGCAUCAUCAUACUGCUCAGCAUGGUGCUGCUGUUUGUGGUGUGGAUGAAGCGCAGGGAGAAGGAGCGUCAGGCCAAGCCCCUGCUCAUUGACCCAGAGGACGAUGUCAGAGACAACAUCUUGAAAUAUGAUGAGGAGGGAGGAGGAGAGGAGGACCAGGACUAUGACCUGAGCCAGCUGCAGCAGCCGGAGUCUCUGGACCACAUCAUCAAUAAGCCUGCAGGGGUGCGCAGGGUGGACGAAAGGCCUGUGAUUGCCGAGUCCCAGUACCCUGUCAGGCCUAGUCUGCCUCAUCCCGGAGACAUAGGAGAUUUCAUCAAUGAUGGCCUGCGGGCAGCCGACAACGACCCCACAGCCCCUCCAUACGACUCCCUGCUGGUGUUUGACUAUGAAGGCAGCGGCUCCACUGCCGGCUCUGUCAGCUCACUCAACUCCACCAGCUCAGGCGACCAGGACUACGACUACCUCAACGACUGGGGCCCUCGCUUCAAGAAGUUGGCUGACCUCUACGGCGGAGGCGACGACGACUGA